AUGUGUGAAGCCUAUCACUCAUCGUUGCACGACAAAAAUGUGAGAGGCCGUAAUUCCCUUCGAACAAUUUGGCAGUUCAAAGUCAAAAACUUGAAUCGAGUCUGCAACAAUCAGUUACGUCGGCGAAAGAAGAAAGUUGCAAAAAGACACUAUUGUCGAAGAUUGUUAGAUUUGAUUUUGGAACAGGAAGACGAUUGGCUAGAAAGCAAUAUUCUCAAAAUCUGCUCUCAAUUUGCUGACUUGGAAACAGAUCUCAUCGAAUUUCCUUCGAAAUAUUGCGAUCUUUGA